CGACUAGGCUGCCUGGGUUCAAAAUUUCAACGAUACUGAAUGAGUCCCGCCGCGGGUUGGCUUGCGCUUCGUUGUCAGAUCUGAGGCGAGGCUAGGUGAGCAGUGGGACGAAAAGAGGGAGCAGCUAGGGCGCGGGUCUCCCUCCUCCCGGAGUUUGGAACGGCUGAAGUUCACCUUCCAGCUCCUAGCGCCGUUCGCGCCGCUAGGCCUGGCUUCUGAGGCGGUUGCGGUGCUCGGUCGCCGCCUGGGCGGGGCAGGGUGCGAGCAGGGGCUUCGGGCCACGCUUCUCUUGGCGACAGGAUUUUGCUGUGAAGUCCGUCCGGGAAACGGGGGGAAAAGGAGUUGCAGGAGGCUGUCGGCUAAUAACGGUUCUUGAUACAUAUUUGCCAGACUUCAAGAUUUCAGAAAAGGGGUGAAAGAGAAGAUUGCAACUUUGAGUCAGGCCUGUAGGCCUGAUAGACUGAUUAAACCACAGAAGGUGACCUGCUGAGAAAAGUGGUACAAAUACUGGGAAAAACCUGCUCUUCUGCGUUAAGUGGGAGACAAUGUCACAAGUUAAAAGCUCUUAUUCCUAUGAUGCCCCCUCGGACUUCAUCAAUUUUUCAUCCUUGGAUGAUGAAGGAGAUACUCAAAACAUAGAUUCAUGGUUUGAGGAGAAGGCCAAUUUGGAGAAUAAGUUACUGGGAAAGAAUGGAACUGGAGGGCUUUUUCAGGGCAAAACUCCUUUGAGAAAGGCUAAUCUUCAGCAAGCUAUUGUCACACCUUUGAAACCAGUUGACAACACUUACUACAAAGAGGCAGAAAAAGAAAAUCUUGUGGAACAAUCCAUUCCGUCAAACGCUUGUUCUUCCCUGGAAGUUGAGGCAGCCAUAUCAAGAAAAACUCCAGCCCAGCCUCAGAGAAGAUCUCUUAGGCUUUCUGCUCAGAAGGAUUUGAAACAGAAAGAAAAGCAUAAUGUAAAAAUGAAAGCCAAGAGAUGUGCCACUCCUGUAAUCAUCGAUGAAAUUCUACCCUCUAAGAAAAUGAAAGUUUCUAACAAAAAGAAGCCAGAGGAAGAAGGCAGUGCUCAUCGAGAUACUUCUGAAAAGAAUGCAUCUUCUCCAGAGAAAGCCAAGGGUAGACAUACUGUGCCUUGUAUGCCACCUGCAAAGCAGAAGGUCCUAAAAAGUACUGAGGAGCAAGAGCUGGAGAAGAGUAUGAAAAUGCAGCAAGAGGUGGUGGAGAUGCGGAAAAAGAAUGAAGAAUUCAAGAAACUUGCUCUGGCUGGAAUAGGGCAACCUGUGAAGAAAUCAGUGAGCCAGGUCACCAAAUCAAUUGACUUCCACUUCCGCACAGAUGAGCGAAUCAAACAACAUCCUAAGAACCAGGAGGAAUAUAAGGAAGUGAACUUUACGUCUGAACUACGAAAGCAUCCUUCAUCUCCUGCCCGAGUGACUAAGGGAUGUACCGUUGUUAAGCCUUUCAACCUGUCCCAAGGAAAGAAAAGAACAUUUGAUGAAACAGUUUCUACAUAUGUGCCCCUCGCACAGCAAGUUGAAGACUUCCAUAAACGAACCCCUAACAGAUAUCAUUUGAGGAGCAAGAAGGAUGAUAUUAACCUGUUACCCUCCAAAUCUUCUGUGACCAAGAUUGGCAGAGACCCACAGACUCCUGUACUGCAAACCAAAUACCGUGCACGGCCUGUGACCUGCAAAAGUACAGCAGAGCUGGAGGCUGAGGAGCUCGAGAAACUGCAACAAUACAAAUUCAAAGCACGUGAACUUGAUCCCAGAAUACUUGAAGGUGGGCCCAUCUUGCCCAAGAAACCACCUGUGAAACCACCCACCGAGCCUAUUGGCUUUGAUUUGGAAAUUGAGAAAAGAAUCCAGGAGCGAGAAUCAAAGAAGAAAUCAGAGGAUGAACACUUUGAAUUUCAUUCCAGACCUUGCCCUACUAAGAUUUUGGAAGAUGUUGUGGGUGUUCCUGAAAAGAAGGUACUUCCAAUCACCGUCCCCAAGUCACCAGCCUUUGCAUUGAAGAACAGAAUUCGAAUGCCCACCGAAGAAGAUGAGGAAGAGGACGAACCAGUAGUGAUAAAAGCUCAACCUGUGCCACAUUAUGGGGUGCCUUUUAAGCCCCAAAUCCCAGAGGCAAGAACUGUGGAAAUAUGCCCUUUCUCCUUUGAUUCUCGAGACAAAGAACGUCAGUUACAGAAGGAGAAGAAAAUAAAAGAACUGCAGAAAGGGGAGGUGCCCAAGUUCAAGGCACUUCCCUUGCCUCAUUUUGACACCAUUAACCUGCCAGAGAAGAAGGUAAAGAAUGUGACCCAGAUUGAACCUUUCUGCUUGGAGACUGACAGAAGAGGUGCUCUGAAGGCACAGACUUGGAAGCACCAGCUGGAAGAAGAACUGAGACAGCAGAAAGAAGCAGCUUGCUUCAAGGCUCGUCCAAACACUGUCAUCUCUCAGGAGCCCUUUGUUCCCAAGAAAGAGAAGAAAUCAGUUGCUGAGGGCCUUUCUGGUUCUCUAGUUCAGGAACCUUUCCAGCUGGCUACUGAGAAGAGAGCCAAAGAGCGACAGGAGCUGGAGAAGAGAAUGGCUGAGGUAGAAGCCCAGAAAGCCCAGCAGUUGGAGGAGGCCAGACAACAGGAGGAAGAGCAGAAAAAGGAGGAGCUGGCCAGGCUACGGAGAGAACUGGUGCAUAAGGCAAAUCCAAUACGCAAGUACCAGGGUCUGGAGAUAAAGUCAAGUGACCAGCCUCUGACUGUGCCCGUAUCUCCCAAAUUCUCCACUCGAUUCCACUGCUAAACUCAGCUGUGAGCUGCGGAUACCGCCCGGCAAUGGGACCUGCUCUUAACCUCAAACCUAGGACCGUCUUGCUUUGUCAUUGGGCGUGGAGAGAACCCAUUUCUCCAGACUUUUACCUACCCGUGCCUGAGAAAGCAUACUUGACAACCGUGGACUUCAGUUUUGUUGAGAAUUGUUUUCUUACAUUACUAAGGCUAAUAAUGAGAUGUAACUCAUGAAUGUCUCGAUUAGACUCCAUGUAGUUACUUCCUUUAAACCAUCAGCCGGCCUUUUAUAUGGAUCUUCACUCUGAUUAGAAUUCAGUCUCUGUGUCAGCACAGUGUAAUCUCUAUUGCUAUUGCCCCUUACCACUCUCACCCUCUCCCCACUUUUUUUUUUAAAUUUUAACCAGAAAAUAAAGAUAGUUAAAUCCUAAGAUAGAGAUUAAGUCAUGGUUUAAAUGAGGAACAAUCAGUAAAUCAGAUUCUGUCCUCUUCUCUGCAUACAGUGAAUUUAUAGUUAAGGAUCCCUUUGCUGUGAGGGUAGAAAACCUCACCAACUGCACCAGUGAGGAAGAAGACUACAUGGAUUCAUGGGGAGCCUCACAGCAGCCACGCAGCAGGUUCUAGGUGGGGCUGCCGUUAAGGCAUGUUCUCUCCUUAUUGGUGCUGAUAACAACAGGGAACAGUGCAGUGUGCAUUUUAAGACCUGGCCUGGAAUAAAUACAUUUUGUCUUUCCCUCCC